CGCAAUCCUGARGGAUGUGUCACCCACGCCUUUGGGCUAAUCUCCUAGUGUUUAUUCUUGCUGUCACAACACCUCCUUGUGUCCUCAUUCAAUCUGAGAAAUAGAUGCUCCCGGUGACAGCACAGAGACGGGCCAAGAGCAGAGCACAAGGAUGGCUCCAGGAUCCCACGCCGUGUGGGCAGCUCACGGUCCGGGCUCUGUCCUACGGCUGCCAGCUGGCGGGGGGAGCUCUGCCCGGSCCCGCGGGGCUGCCCGGGGCGCUCCUGGCCGCUUCCACCCAGCUCAGCGCCUGCCGCACCGCCCUGCGCCUGUUUGAUGACCUGGCCAUGCUCCGGCACAGCUGCAGUUACGGGCUGGGUCCCGAGGGCGAGGACGCGCUGGUGCGGGGGCUCUCGGUGCUCUGCAACGUGGCCAACCAGCUCUACUACCCCUGCGAGCACCUGGCGUGGGCGGCGGAUGUCGGCAUCGUCCGCGCCGGCUCCCAGAAGUGGUGGACGCGCAGCACGGCGCUGUGGGGCUGUGCCCUGCUCCUGGGCAUCCUGCGAUCCCUGAGAAUCUUGUUCCAGUUAAGAAGAAAACUGAGCCAGCACAAGUGCACUUCUUCACCUCAGAGCCAGCAGAAGUUGAGAGCCCAGGUGAAGGCUGAAGUUCUGAGCAUCCUCAUGGACACAGCAGAUCUCUCCAACGCAAUCCACUGGCUGCCUCCAGGGUUUCUCUGGGCAGGAAAGUUCCCUCCAUGGUUAGUAGGGCUGCUGGGAACCAUCUCCUCCCUGAUUGGAAUCUACCAGGCAUCAAGAGGAGGAAAUUCUGAAGCUGCUUAAGCCAUAACUGAGCUUCAGGAGCCCAGUUUUCACAUGGUGAAAGUGCCUUUAGUGAGGUAGGGUGUAUUUUAACUUUCCUGGGUYGAUGAUUGUCAUUCCAAAUAUCCCAUAAUUGGGACUGGAAUCAAGAUGCCUGUUGCAGAGGGGAUUGUUUGCAGCUGAUAAUUUUUAUCAUUCUUCAUCAGGGAAAUAAUUCAGGUGAAUUCCCUGAAAAUCAAGAAUCUCCUACAACUGGUAAAACUAAGGGGGAAAGAGUUGCUUCCAUCCUUCCUUCCUCUGUCCCAAAAAGAUAAAUGCAACCUUCCAGUGUUUUCUGUCACUUAAAAGAGCACAAAGUCAGUGUGAAUGGUCAUGGCUGUCACAGAGAACUGGUAAGGCACAAAUCCCGUGAGUUUAUACUCUGGGCUCGGCGCUUGGUGCUGCAUCUGAGCCAGGGCAGUGAGUCCUGGGAGCUCUCCAGGUGUUUUGGGAGAAUUUUGAUAUUCAGCUCAGAGCUGAUGGCCAGAGCUCAGCCAGGAGCGAGCAGGGAUGUUGUUUGUGACAGCUCUGUUUCCUUCGAGGCGAGGGGGGAAGGAAAUAGCAACUGGAAGCAGCAUGAACCUUCCUAACCUGCCUUACUCCUUUAAGGAAAAAUGUUAAAAGUUGAGACUUCCCACAGAGCUGAGGCUCCAGCUGUGCCUUUGUGGAGUGCCACCGGGUGGAGCUCUUCCACCAGGCUCCGGCAGCUGCCAACGGACCUUUUUUUUAAUUAAAAAAAAAAAAAAAAUCCGGAAAUUUAUAAAUCACCUUUCAAAGGAGCAAUCAAACCAAUAAACCAAUGCCGAGAUGGGGUUUGCAGUUACAGUUCCGGGCGUUGCCAAUAAUAAACGGCACAAAUGCUUCAAAGGUGGCCUUGGCCUUGAGUGAUCAUUCCUUCUGAUAGCAGGGAAAAGUUCUUUAUCGGGUUCUGGAAAGCUCCAAAGCAUUAGUGCUGUGUGAGCUGCAGCUCCACAUGUGUCACCAGCCUUCCUCCUGCCGAAAUAAUUCCCAGGCCCUGCCUGACUGCAGUGGAAAUGCAUCCUUUGCAAACAGUUCUGCUUAGUCUGCKUGUCCCUGCCCCCCAGCACGGCACAUGCUGCGCUUCCAGCAGGUUUGACCUUGGAUUUUUGUUGUUGUUUUUGGCCUGGACAUGAGGAACCGCGUCCUGCCUGUGUUCAAAGAGCAGAGCAAGGCCUGGAUAYUCUUUAUCCUUUGCCCUGUCCUUGGUGUUUAUCUGGACCUUCACCCUGCAGAGUGUCCCUGAGGAUGCCUUCCUGGCUGUGCUGGGAAUUUGCUGCCAGACUGACCGAUUUUGGUGCAACUCUGACUGUAGGCUGGGCUUAUCUGGAGGAGACUUGGUUUUUCUCUACUUUUCUCAGUCCUGUGCCUGAACAAGGGGGAGCACCCAGGUCCUGSUUAGAGGUAGCUCUGGCUGUUGCCUGGUUCUGUCACCCACUCUGAUGGCUCCUGUAGUUAGGGGUUUUUAACAAUAAAUCAGGUUUUUUUUUGUAUUCUUAACCCUGUUAAAUCACUCCUUCAGGACUCAUUGGACUUAGCACAGGACAAGGUGUAGCUCUACCAAUUUAAAAAACAAAACAAAAAACAAAAACAAAACAAAAAGCCCCGUACAAC